AUGCCAGUAACCUUCAAGGUCGCCUCGCACGCCGCCAAACCCGUCGAGCGGUACAAGGCUCUCGAAAACGCAGAGCAAAUUGUGGCAUCGACCUGGGGCACGCAGUACCGCACGCAGAGGGUCCAGGAGGUGUUGCAGUCAUCUGUGCACAAAGAUGCGGUCCCGUCGAUGCAUAUGCUGGUGAACGAGAACGGGUUCGUCAAUACGGUGGUUUCGGCAUAUAAUGCCCAUCACAAUCUGGUAAUUCGGCCCGACGAUGUAUGGAUCGCGAUCUUGUCGCAGUUCAACCUCUAUGUGAAUGCUCAUGCGGAAGAACUGCGAUCGUUGUUCGUCGCGCACGAAGGCAAGAAAAAGCUCGUUGUUCGGGCCAUUGGAACCCGCUACACCGUAAACUUCGGCGCACUGGCGAACCAGAUGACGAAUGAGAUACACAAUAACGUCGUCGAUAAAGGUCUGAAAGACUGGAUCCUCCCAGACUUCAGCACAACCUCGCACAACGACACUGUAAUUUGCGCUGUGCUGAUGAUGGCAACCCUAAAAGCAUACUUUAGUUAUAGGAUGCAGCUCUGUUGUGGAAUUCCCUCCGUCACCCUUGAAGGAACCAAAUCAGACUGGGAGAAGCUUCUCGCCCGGAUCGAUAAACUGACAACUUUUGGCGCCGAGCCCACCGCAUGGGUUGCCCUCCUUCGGCCCAUCCUCAGGCGGUUCGUGGACGCCUUCGACGGCCACCCCGACGUCGACUUCUGGGGCCGCGUGUGCCACUAUCACUCACAGGGCUCGGGCACAAAGUAUCUAUCCGGGUGGAUCACAGCGUUCUGCGUGUGGGACUCAAAAGGGAAGUGGCAGGGCCCCUCCAUUGACUCAGGAAUGGAGAAGCCUCUCAGACUUAGUUCCAGAAAGAAUAUCCCUGUCCUCGAACUGGAUGGCGUUCAGUACCGGCCCAUCAACUCAUCGCACGUUCCCCCGGCGUACUGCGAGGUCGACGUCGAGCUCGAUGAUAAUGGAGACAUGUUCGACUGUGUGAUGGUAUCGGGGCAUGUGGCAGCUCUGAUUGAGGGGGAGAAGAAGGACACGCUCCGGCCACGCCCAGAGUGGUUUAUAUUCAUUAAGGAGGAGUGCGAGGAUCCUACGGCUGAGAUGAGGCGGAAAUUGGAAGCGAUACGGGCCGCCAAACGUGGCGCAGCAUCGUCAGAGUAUCGGAUGGGAGCGUGA